GAGAGAGAGAGAGAGAGAGAGAGAGAGAGAGAUGGAAGUUGCCUACUUUCUGUGGUUAUGGACUGAGUCUAGUUUAUCAUCCCUUGCUUGUUACAUACACUACCUUUUCCUCGACUCUGUGGCUUUCAAUGAAUAUCAUGUUUUAUCCAUGUAUGCUUAUCAGUUUCCCUUGAUCAUGGCUUCUAGAUGCUAAAGUGUUUCAAGGUUGAGAAACUUGUAAUAUCAGCUAUUCCAAGUUUAGUGGAAACAUGGACUGCUGGCUUUGGCUUUGAACCCUUAGAAGAUAGCGAGAAACAAAGUCUAAGUCAUAUCAACCUCAUGGUGUUCCCGGGAACUGUAUGGUUGAAGAAGUCCUUGUUUCAAGCUGCUGAGGCAGAUCAACUGAGUGUUCAUCCGGGAGAAACAGCAUCCUGCCACGAAAAUGGCGUCACCAUUAUUGAGCCGAUUCAACAUCAUUUGCCAUCUCAAGAUGUCAAUGCAGGAGCUGAUGUCAGACACCUACCUCAGUCUGAGAGUUUGCAAUUCAAUGAAGAUCAAGGUGGUAAUAAUCUUGAUGGUCAAUUUUCCAUGACUUCCCAUGAAGAAUCAGCUGUAUGGUUUAUGGAAAACAAGAUUUGUGAUAUAGAAACUCAUGAGCCCGGUCAAGAUUGUGAAGGAAACAUCUCUCAUAAAUAUUUAGAGCCUGAAACUGAAACCAGGAAGUCGGACUCUAAUAAAUUGCAAGUAGAGGAAGUCCCAGAUGUUCAUGCGCUGCGUGGUGAGUGCUCAAAACUCUCUCAGGAAUUAACGGUCGUGACGUUUAGCAGCCACCGGGAAGUAGGUUGUAGAGUAGAUACUUUGCAGAUACACGAAGAAAGACAAUUUUGUUUAGAUGAAGUGUCACAGAGAAUUAAUGUAUUGCAAGGGAACGGGAAAUGACAUUGAUUAUUUUUUAGUUUUUGUGCAUAA